AUGAUGAUGGGAGGGAAGUGCUGGAGAUGGACUGGAGGGGUCAUCGGUAUGAUCCUCCUGUUCCAGGCGGUGGUGAUGGUUUUCCCGCAGCUUCAGCACACCCUUUGGAUCGUUAACCCCUUUCUUGUUUCAGUUAAACUGACAGAUCAACCAACACACUGCACCAUCUCCGUUGCCGCUGUAUCCGAGAAAAGGUCGCAUGUGGUCAAGAUCCAUGGGUGCUCGGUGCUACCGGAGAAAGGCGCGUGCGCGAAAUCUGCUCCGUUCAGCGUUGGAGGUCUUAGCUGGGCCAUCAAGUACUACCCGCUCGGUAACUUCAUGCCUGGCUUCGUUUCAAUCUAUCUUGUUCUUGAUUCUUCUCAUGUCAAGGAGCUAAGUGUGAAAAUCAGGUUUAGUCUGCUUGACAGGGAUGGGAAACCUGUGCCGUCGCACAGCCGUAAGACCACCACCGAGCAUAUCUUCGCGGGCAAAGGAUCAUCUCAGGAAAUUUAUCUUAAAUCUAUAAGCCAUGAAGAUUUGGAGGGAUCAGUGCAUCCAAGAGAUGACUGUUUCAGCAUCAAAUGUGAUAUCGCUGUCUUGAAGGAUGCCAACGAAGGUAAUAAGUUUGUCAUGGUACCUCCAAGUGACUUGCAUCAGCAGCUGGGUAACCUUCUGAAGAGCAUGGAUGGAGCGGACGUGACCUUUAUAGUCGGCGGGGAGAGAUUCUCGGCUCACCGCUCCGUGCUCGCUGCUCGGUCAUCUGUCUUCAAGGCGGAGCUAUUUGGUGACAUGAAGGAGAAUUCAUGUGACCCUAUUGAAAUCAAUGAUAUGGAAGCUGACGUGUUCAAGUCCUUGCUCCAUUUCGUUUACAGCGACUCUCUGCCUGAGCUGACUCAUGAAGGAACCCAUGACGGAGGAGCAACAAGAGGAGAUGUGGUGACAGCUAGUCAUCUGCUCGUAGCGGCUGACUUGUACAACAUUGAAAGGCUGAAGCUGAUAUGCGAGGAGAAGUUGUGCAACCACAUUGACUCCAACAUGGUGGCAACCACUUUGGCUUUAGCUGAGCAACACAGUUGCAAUGGACUCAAGGAAGCUUGUUUUGAGUUCCUUGCUUUGCCUUCCAACUUGGAGGCGAUGGUGGCAAGUGAUGGUUUUGAGCAUUUGAAGAGCAGUUGCCCAUCUGUCCUCAAGGACCUGGUUGUUAGAGUGCUGCCUGCCGAACUGAAAGCAGUGAAGGAUAUUAUCAUGGCAAUCUAG